GAUUAUUCUUUACCCAAAUAAAAUAAAGCAUUAUUCUUUAUCUAGAUACAAAACAAAAGUAUAAUUCCUUACUCGAGUGUAAAACAAUGAUGAUGUUGAUUCUUUGCUUUGCUUGUGCAACUAUAUAUGCUUGAAAUAAAGGCGGACCUUACUGGCUAUAUAUUUAGAGUAAUAAUCACAUCCAAGUUAUAAGUACUUUUAAAUCGUCAUCAGUUACCCACCAAGAGAAAAAUACCGAAAUGGACGUCAAGGAGCUAAACCCAAAAGAGCUUCAACAUGAGCAUCCACUCACGCUAGUAGAUUUGCAACUGAUGCAUCGGGACUACAUAGAAGAUGAUGACGAGUAUGAUGACAACGAUUUGAUCACGACGCAAAACUUUGAGUGCAUAUGUAAUAGGUGUGACAGACGAAUUGACUGGUACCACCGUUAUUACUACAAGUGUAGCAUGUCGUCCUGCACUUAUUCACUCCAUAAAUUUUGUGAAGAAAUACCACCAACCUUAAAAUUCCAAGGUCACCCUUCUCAUACUCUUAUCCUUAAAAGAACAACAAACGAUAAGAAAUGUUGUGCUUGUCUCAAAUAUCAUCGAGAUGGCAUUUGUUAUCAUUGUUCAACAUGCAACUAUGGAAUUGAUCAACUUUGUGCCACGUUUGUGGAGCAAAAUACGAUCCAUCACCCCAGCCACUCACACCCGUUAUUCUCUUUUAGUGCUAAACCUGGUUUGAAUGAGUGUUUUUUAUGUGGGAAGAAACAUGAAGGACAUUUCUAUCAAUGCACCACUUGUUUCAACUUCUUAGUAAAUUCUGAUUGUCUUUCCCUUCCCAUAAAGUUAUCACUCCAUACUCAACAGUUUAGCCACCGUCACCUGCUCACCCUUUCAUAUUCGUUACUAGAUCAAUUAUAUGAUUGCGAAUGCAGGAUUUGUGGUGUGAAAUUAGAAGAUGAACAUUUGAUUUACAAAUGCAGCAAAUGCAUGUACUAUGUUCAUCCAGAUUGUGCAACACAGAUAAAGCCUUUCAUGUUUGUCCUUUUACCAGGCUUAGGAAAAAAUGAAAAAAAUUUCAAAGAUGUUAAUCAUCCCAACCUUGUUCACCUACCAGUGGAUGAUGAAACACACAUCUUAUCACAUCAAAUAUUUGAAGGUAAGACUCGGGUGAAGGGGAGAAAUGAAAAAGGCCACCUCAUACAUUCUUUUCAUGAGCAUCCAUUAGUCCUAAUAAGUAAUGAUACAACCACCUCUCUUCACGACCCAAUGAAGAGGAUUAAACUAUUAUGCAAUGCAUGUAUCAAACCAAUUACAAAAAUGCCAUUUUACAAAUGCUCCAAACGUGAUGGUAGCUGUAAGUUUGUUCUCCACGAUUGGUGCAUCCGGCUGCCCAAACAACUAAGAAACCAUGGGCCCCACCCUCAACAUAGCCUUCGUCUUUACAUCUUUUUUGAUAACCUAAGUGGAUAUAAAUGCGAGGCUUGUGGAUUGCCCUGCAACGGGUUUUUUUAUGUUUGCUUUGAGUGUGAGUACGUAAUUGAUGUUAAUUGUGCAUUUAUGCCUAAAGAAAUUACACAUGAAGCACAUGCAAAUUCGAAUCACUUACUUGCAAGAGUAGACAGUGGUUCAUCAAGCCAUUCUAAGAUGGAAUGUCGUGCAUGUCGUGUGAGUAUUGCUGAAAGUGAGAGUUAUUUCAGAUGUACCAGUUGUGAUUUCUAUUUGGAUUGCAGAUGUGCUUUGCAUUUACCUAAAACAAUUAGGCAUAAGUAUGACAAGCACCCCCUACAGUUGAGCUACUCCCCAGUUGAGGAUCACAAAAGUCGAUACUUCUGUGAAGUUUGUGAGGAGGAGCUUGAUCCUGGAAAGUGGUUUUACCAUUGUGCAGAGUGCGCACAAUCCAUUCACUCGGCAUGUGCUCCGUUAAUGCUUCAGUCAGAACAAGGUGCUAAUUCUCUCUAUGAUUCGGAAGGUGUUUAUAAGUACAUUAACAUCAAGUUUGGGGCCAUUGAUGAAUUUCCACGGCUUCACCGACAUCCGCUGUCACUUGCUCCAGGGACUGAGAAUGAUGGUUUAUGCCAAGAGUGCGGAAGCAAAUUGCAAUCCCAUAUCAUCUUGAAGUGCUUACCUUGUAACGUUGCUUUCCAUUGGUACCAUGAGCAUACCUUAGCUUCUUUUUUAUUUAAUCCCUCAAGACACAUUUAUAUGUAUGAAGAAAACAAACGUAUGAUAAAGCAACGUGGACCACAAACAAGCUUAGAAUUUUAUCCAAGUGAAAUGAUGAGACCGGUGACCCGUCAUUGGGAGGUUGUUGACGAUGAUAUUACAAAGGUUUAAUUUUGUAUAUAACUAGUUGUAAGGGAUUAUUCAGAAAUGUAAUAAACGAGUUGACGCUAGCCCGUGCGUUGCAGCGGAAUAUUGAUCGUUAAUGCUUUAUAUAUUGAAUAUCUCUUUAGAAAUA